UUAGUGCUAUAUGUGCCAAAAAUACCUGUUUGAAAAUGACAUAUGCAGAUUUUACCAUGCUUAGAUUAAGUUAGAGCACCUGUUCCCAAAUAGGAUAGGCCUUAGUAUGGCUCAUAGGCUUCGCAAGCUAUGCUGUAUAGGCCUAAUGUUAUUUAAAAAUAGCAUAGCUUAAGUCUGUGAAACAAGCGCCUGUGCUAUUGCUGACAAUCUGAAAGUCACCAGAUGAUACUAAAUCUGGUAAAAUUUGCUUCAGUCUAGUAAAAUAUUUCAACUUUUUCCUACAUAGGCCUAGUGGUAUGUAGCGGUCAGCCCGGUUUGAUCACCGGUGGCCAGAUAGCUCAGUUGGUAGAGUACAUGACUAGAGAUUCAGGGGGGAACGGGUUCGAAUCUCGGUUUCAUCCGUUAAAUGCCUUUUCUCCCUUCCUGUUACAUUUGGUGUCGUAGACCAGUUCCCCUGGAACUGACAGGUGAAAAUACCUGUCAGGUGAUAAAGAUCCUGGGUUGAAGUGUGAAGACAUUUAAGGAGGGAGGAAUGUAGCGGCCAGCUGGGUUUGAUCGGCGGUGGCUGUAUACGUGAAGUUCAGUUGAUAGAGCACCUGACUGGAGAUUCAGGGGGACCAGAUUCGAAUCUCGGUCUGGUCCAUUGCAUUUUCUCCUUUCUGGUUACAGAUGGCUCUGCAUGGUGUAAAGGUGAUCGAAUUUGCUGGACUGGCUCCAGCUCCAUUCUGUGGCAUGAUUCUGUCAGAUUUUGGUGCCAAAGUUAUUAGAAUUGAUAAGCCAAACUCUCUAGAAAUGGACAGGCAGGGCAGAGGGAAGCGCUCCAUAGCCAUCGAUUUGAAGAAAAAGGAAGGCCUUAGUAUUGUCAGACAGCUGUGUUCUACUGCAGACGUUCUUAUCGAACCCUUCAGAGCAGGAGUGAUGGAGAAGCUAGGUUUGGGACCCAAAUUUCUGCUGAAUGAGAAUCCAAAGUUAAUCUAUGCUCGGUUGACUGGUUACGGACAGAAUGGACCGAUGUCAUCCAGAGCCGGUCACGACAUUAAUUACAUAGCCACCUCAGGUGUUCUAUCUUACAUUGGGAGGAGCAGAGAGAGGCCUCAUGCCCCUCUGAAUUUGUUAGCUGACUUUGCAGGAGGUGGAAUGACGUGUGCCUUAGGGAUUAUUAUGGCUUUGUAUGAAAGAACUCAAUCAGGUCAAGGUCAGGUUAUUGAUGCCAGCAUGGUGGAAGGAUCAGCAUAUGUAGCAAAUUGGUUGUGGAAAUCAAGUGACCUUCCUAUUUGGGGAAAACCUCGAGGGGAGAACAGUUUAGAUGGUGGUGCUCCCUUUUAUGAUACUUAUGAAACAGCAGACAAGAAAUACAUGGCUGUUGGUGCUCUAGAACCACAAUUUUAUGUUAAGCUUUUACAAGGACUGGGUCUUAGUGUAGAAGAAUAUCCUCAGACUAUGAUAAAUGACAAAAUGAAACAAAAAAUAGCACAAGUGUUUGCCACUAAAACACGUGCUGAAUGGACAGAAAUUUUCAAAGACAUGGAUGCUUGCUGUACACCAAUUCUCGACCCUCAAGAGGCAGCACUUCACCCCCAUAAUGCGAUAAAUAAGUCAUUUUUACGGAGUGCUGAUGGAAAAUUUGAGCCUGGACCGGCUCCUAAAUUGUCUCGGACUCCGGGUGUUGACCGUGUGUUGACAGCCCCCCGUCAAGGACAACACACCGUGGAAAUUCUUAAGGAAAUUGGCUACUCGGGGGAAGCAGCCCAGAAACUGAUCGACUCUGAAGUUGUUCUGCAAAGGCAGAAGAGUUCCAAAUUAUGAUUUUUUGAUGAGAAUUGUGUUGUAUUUUAGGCAGAAAAUUGAUUGUUUAAUAUAUUGUACAUUUGAAUGGCAGUCUGAUUAUUAAACAUAUCACAACUUUAAAUUUCAUUCAAUGACAUGAAUUUGAUGGGAGAUUAUUUUUAUAAUUGAUCAUUUUUUUUAGAUUUCAUCUUCGUAUGUGUGUGUUACAUUAUUGUAAAGUUGUCAUACAAGUGUAGAAUCAUCACAAGUCCACAUGAAUAUAGUUCUCAUUGACAUGCCUUCUCACUUAGGAAAUACUAAUCUAUUCUUACACAUCAUUAUGAUAUUGGAAACCACAUUGACAGCAGCAGUAUAAAAAUAUAUACACCAGCAGCCUGACCACUAAAAUAUAUACACCAGCAGCCUGACCACUAAAAUAUAUACACCAGCAGCCUGACCACA